AUGGCCCACAUGACAAACCUCUCACAUGCUCGUCUCGUCCUCUUUACGUUUGGCUCGACAGUCCUCUACAGAUACGGCCCCUCGCCCCUCCCCAUCUCCAGGUAUUCUGUUACACGGUUGUCUUCGGGUGCGGUCAACUACAGGCAUGGCAAUGUUCUCUCUCUCUCUCUCUCCCUCACGGGGUUUAGGGCAGGUCGUGUUAAGUUAAGAUGCUCGGCUGAUGUGAUGUUGUACUUGGAACUACCACCAACUACUUCCUACUUCCUCCUUCCCCCCUGCGGCUGUCGUUCUUCCCGGAGAGAUCAUCACGUAUUUCCGGCGCCAAAUCCUACCCACGCUUCGCCCGUGAUCCGGCCGCCUUCUUUGAGGCAUCGUCUGAGAGAGAGAGAGAGAGGGAACGUGCUGUCGAGUGUGAGAGUCAGAGCACGAAUUGCUCGCUCGCAGGUUGAUGACUUGCAUUUGCAUUAGGAUCGAUGCCUCGGUGGAAGAAUUUUCUCGAAGCGAGCAAUGGACAUGGUGCUCAGACGACACUUUACAGUGACCAGGCUCGUUGACUGGAGAAAGGUCGAAAGGCAAAUCGGGUCCGAGCUUUGGUCGAUAGUAAGUACUUUGAACAAGGCGACGACGAGGACCCAUUUUGCACGGAGGAGGUAAGAAGGUUUGAAGAGAAGAGACCGAACAAGAAAUCUCUGAUCUGCUCUUCGAGCCACACGCAAAGAAAUGUCGAUGAGGAGGGCUGGGGGCGUAAGCAUUGUAACAUCCCGAUCUGUAAGCUAUUAGACCAGGCCAUCUCUUUGUCAACGCCCCAGCAGAAAAGACUCCAUGUUGCCCAAAUCUCUACAAUUGAUCAUCGCCCGCCCUCGUCGGAAGAUACGAGUCAACUAUCUUGCAAAAACAAACCAACCAUCAUUGACAAUCCACAACAGAAAUGUUCUCAGGGCCGCCUCCAUCGUUAUCCAAAAUGGAACAGUGGGCAGCAGAAAGAAAAAUACAGAUCGAUAAAAUUUCAAAUAUUGACAGAUCCUGAAAUUUCGAGAACCACUCUUGGCGAUUGCGUUGAUAGUCGGCUUCAAUUGUGGGCCCAAGACGGGUCAGCUUAGAAAUGGAUAGGAUAGACAAAGUCCCACGAACCGGAUUACAACACCUCGUAUCAUACUUCGAGAUUCCGACGUGAGGGGCUUAAAACAACAGAUUAUCCCCAAAGGUGAUCCUGAAGGCGAGAAAUCGACGACCCUGCCUAUCCCUCAUUGAUCAUCCCACCGAAGAACCGAAAGAAGAAUCAACAUCAUUGCGUCACUUCUCUCUCUCUCUCUCUCUCUCUCUCUCUCUUUCUCAAAUUAGGAGCUGUAACAUACCUCACUGCUUCCGCACUCGAUGUUGCUCAUCGAGGACCAGGUUUCAAGAAGCUCAAUGCCAAGAUUGCGCAGUGUGAUUCCUCAGGCGAAGGUCGUUUCUUAAGCAGUUCGUGCGUAUGCUUUACAGGCAUGUGAAGUAUUGACUAAUACUAUCCGGAAAAUUCUCCAUUUCUCAUUUAAAGCCAUAAAGGUCGUUCGGCAACUUGGAGAUGUUGCGACGCCGAUUGGUUUCGUGUGUACAAAUCGAGGAGGCCAAGGCUUCGAAAUCUUGAGUUUGAAGGCCUCCACUCGGCAUGCAGCAUGUCGGGCGAUACUGUGUUAAGCCUUUAUGGUACACGCCUCGGACAAGCUGCCUCCGUUGAUGCUGUUCUUAGGUUGAAGGUGACGUUAUGAUGCGAGUA